AUGAUCUCUGUGAGUUGCAAAGAGCUGCUAACCUCUUCAGGUUCCUUGACCGGCUCAGCCAGCUCCCCACAGCUAGAGAGCUUUGCCAGUGCUCUACAGAGCAACAUGCCACCAUCCCUUCUGCCAAGGCCUGGCAGUGAGAGGGCCUCUAGCCACCCAGAAGGCUCUGGCCAUCUCCUUCCAGGCAGCAUCAACCACUCUGAAGGCACCUCCCUCCACCUGUCCCAGGCAAAGGGGGAGGAUGCAAAACCCCAAGUCACUGUCUGUGAGUCUCAGCUCAAGCUGCCUGACUUCUGCAGCAGUCUUUCCCAGGACUUUAUUCCCACCCUGGAGGAGAUUGAGGAGUUCCUGAGGGAGAAGGCUGAGUUUCUCAAAGAUGAAGCAAAAGAGCAUCUCCUGCCUGGAGGGAAGCUUGAGAUCAAAUCCAAGAUCAGCUUAGGCACUUCUGGGGAGCAGCCUGUGUCCAGGAUAGUUAAAGAAGGAGACAUGUUGAAUGCUGCCCUGUCUGGAGGGACAACUGAUGGUAGUAGUCAGGCAGUAGCUGCUGGAAACAUUCCUGUUAUCUUCCAAAUCCAGCCUCUCCAGGUGGACAGUGGGAGCUCAUUAGUACAAAGUGCUACAGGUAGUGUCAGAGUGGCCCAGUUGGUUAUCAGCUUGCAGGGCCAAAGUCUGGCCCUCCUUCCUCAGGUCCAGCCUCCCGUGCCCAUCUUAGACCAAAAGUAUGUCAAAAUUGCUCCCCUGCCAGCUGCCCUGCAACCAAGGACUCCAGGAAACAUGCAGGAAGUGGAGGUAACCCCCAAGUUUCAAAAAGCCUCCCCUUCCCUCGUCCGCGUCCACAAGUGCACGCACCCAGGCUGCGGCAAGAUGUACACCAAGAGUUCCCACCUCAAGGCUCACUUCCGGCGGCACACUGGGGAGAAACCCUACACUUGUGCUUGGCCCAACUGUGGCUGGCGGUUUUCUCGAUCAGACGAACUGUCCCGUCACAAGCGUUCCCACUCCGGUGUCAAGCCUUACCAAUGUGCCACCUGCGAGAAGAAGUUUGCCCGCAGUGACCACUUAGCAAAACACGUGAAGAUUCACCGUGGCCAGCAGCGCAGCCACUGGACAGUUUGGGGUGGCAGCAGGAGUUAAGCCUUGCUGCUCAUCCUGCCUUGUGAGGCUACAUUCAGGAGGCCCAGGAGCCAGGCAAAGAAAAUGCCAACACCACUGUUCUUAUGAAGGGGGGAAAUGACUUUCCUUUCCUUUAACAGAUGUAGAAGACCCAGUGUUUUACCUCUGUUCAAGGAUGGCUUCAGUUCAGGGCCUGUGGUACUGGUACUGUUGUGUGUCUUCUAAAUAUAUGUGAUGGAAAUCCAAGUUAA